AAAAACGCUGUCAAACUAUCUUUGCUGUAGCUGUAAACAAGAGCGCACGUUCUUCAGAAACGUCGUUUUAAAACAGUGUUUUGCAUUUAUCUAAAGAGUGAGACAUCUCAUUGUAAAGGAAGAAAAUGGAAGAUGACACACUAACGACGUUGAAAAUAUUGAUAAUAGGAGAAAGCGGUGUUGGAAAGUCCAGCCUGCUCUUAAGAUUCACAGAUGACACCUUUGACCCAGAACAAUCAGCAACAAUCGGUGUUGACUUCAAGGUGAAGACCAUUACGGUGGACGGUAACAAGGCAAAGCUUGCAAUAUGGGACACUGCAGGACAGGAGCGCUUCCGUACCCUGACGCCUAGUUACUACCGUGGCGCCCAGGGAGUCAUCCUCGUGUAUGAUGUCACACGGCGAGAGACCUUCACCAAGCUCGACAACUGGCUGAAUGAACUGGAGACAUACUGUACAAGGAAUGACCUCGUGAAAAUGCUCGUCGGAAACAAAAUUGAUAAGGAAAACCACGAACUAGACCGGGCCGAAGGACUGAAGUUUGCAAGAAAACAUUCCAUGCUUUUUAUAGAGGCGAGCGCUAAGACCAGGGACGGAGUUCAGUGCGCGUUCGAGGAGCUGGUGGAGAAGAUCAUCCAGACUCCAGGAUUAUGGCAGAGCGAGAACCACGGACGAGGAGUGCAGCUCUCCGACGAAGACGCGGGACCCGGAAGCUGCGGUGGCUACUGCUCUCUGAUCUAGACGCUGACACAUACACACACCAUCAAACACACACACACACUUAAACACACACACACACUUAAACACAAGCGUACACACUCACUUGAAAGAACAGCCUCCCUCUUCAGACAUGAAGGCAGUGGAGGCUUUGCUGUGUCCCCUCCGGUGAGCUGUAAGGGUCGACCGUCCCCACUCUGUACCUGUGUUCACACAGACACUACUUUUUGCACACUUUGUAAAAAAAACCCUAAAAAAACGACAACGCUGCGCUAAAACGCAAUAGCAGCUAAGCCUUCCUCUUAAUGACAUUUGAGCAACUUUCUCUCUCUCUUUGUUUUGUUUUUGAGUUACAGUUUUGUGCAGUUUUGGGACCUUGGUCAAAGUAAUAACCAUUUCUCAGUUUAUACUCUGCAAUUUAAUUUUAACAAGGCAGUGAAGUCCAAUAGUGUCAACCAAAGUUUGUCAGGCAUAUGGCUAAAUCUGUGAAGUAUGAUAAUGAGAAUGGAAACAGUUUUGACCAAGGUUUCUUUCUUGUCUCCAGCAUGCUUUUAUUUUGUGUCCUCGGAGCACCUUGCCUUAGGGAGCACAUCUGUAUCAUUUGCAGGGCUGACUUUUCUCCAGUGUUUGUCUUUCCUCCGCUCUGUCAUGCGCUUGAUCCUGCCCCCCCCACCCCUCCUCCUUCCUUCCUUCCCCACCCCUCUUAGCACAGCACCUAUGGACUGUAUGCUGCUUAUGGAGAAGCUUAUCAAGCCAAGCCAUCCUCUAUUCCUUCCCACCACACUCAGUUAUAAAGGCUUGGAUUAUGUGUCUCUGUUGUCCACACAACUGCCUCGUUUUGUUGAGACUAUAAUAGAGUUACCAAGUGUUUGGAAUGACGUUUUACUACUUUUAUUGACUCCCGACUUCAAACCUUUAGGGUGUUUUUUGAAGAGUGCGUAAAUCAAAGAGAUUGGCACCAGUGAGCUUUCCACUGGGUGCUGAAGAAGAGGGAGCCUCUUAAAAUUGCACGCCUUUUUUGUAAUGAGUUGCUUUAAUGGAGUGCGACCUACUGGCACCCCCUCACUCAGACAGAUAAUAUCAGUAAUAUCACUAGUACUGCUGCAGUCUUUCAUAUAGAUCCCUUUGACUGGACAGACACAAAGGGAAAGUGUUCAAUAUUAAACAGGGCAGUGAGUCAUAAGGGUGUUUCCACUAAAAUUUUGGAAAAUCAAAGAAAAGUCUCCGUGCUCCACAUUGCUAAUGGAUUUCACAGUACUCCUAUCUCUGUGUUUGUAUCUGAGAAACCGCUAUAAAUGUACUGUACCCCCCCCCCGAUCUCUGACCAUGUUUGUAGUAUUUGAGUGCUGGCGUACGUUCUGGGAGAUGUUAGUACGAUCUCGUAACAGAGAUGAAGAAAAACGACAUGGAUGCCACCGUGUGUUAUGACAGAUGGGAAUUUUUUUAAUCUAUUUUUUUUAUUUUGAAUUAUUAUUGCAUGGGAAACUCUGCGUGCCAUUCUUUUUGUUUGUUUGUCUAAUGAAUGACCUCGAGAGGCUAUUUGCUGUAAACACCUUAACUUAUAUUUAGCUGAAAAUAAAGCAUCGCAUUACAGGUUUACCAUUUGAAUCGAAUGGUAUAAUAGAACAAAAAGAAAGAAUGCUUUUACUUAUUAAACUGGUAUAGCUGUCUUUUUUUGUGUUCAGAAAUAUGUUGGAAAAUGUAUACUUUGUAAAUUGUGUCUAUUUUAGGAAUUUGGUGGGAUAAGUCCUGUAUGAAUUGUAAAGCUGAAUGUAUACAUAUUUCACUACGAACCGCCCUAUGUAUUAAACUCAAUAAAAUUCUUUUUU